UAUGACUCCCCGCUCCCCAUGUUGUCCUCGUUUUAAGGUCAUUGAAAAAUACAUUUAAGAAGAUCUCUAGAGAUUCCAACCGGGUCCAAUUGAGCUCAUCUGGUUCUGUUCUUUCUUUUAUAUCUUCUUGUGGUUUCCCCUCGAAGUUUGCCUUCUUUUUUAACUUUUGAUCUUCAUCUUCAAUUGGGUUAUUAACAGACACUAUCGUGGACUCAUAUCCUCCCCACCUUCAAUCCCACUUCAUACCACCUCAAUUGCAAAGCUUGACAGCUCCCCCGCUAUUCCAUUUCUCUACGAAGCAACAAUGUCGUACACUACCAGCCCCCAAGGGAAUAGUGUUGGCAGUAGGCCCAGCUGGCAGGUCCAGCUCGAGGAUUAUUGCAAAGGCAACAAGCUGUCUCUUCCCGUCUUCAACAUUGUCUCCGAUCGGCGAGGAGGUCGUACUGCUUGGUCCAGUACCGUCACCGUCACCGUCCAGGGCCAAGGCCAGAAUAUCGCCGCUCGUUACUGGUAUGACGGUCAGUUUAUCAACAAUGCCAAAGAGGACGCCGCCGAGGUUGCCCUCAAGACCCUGAACCAGCAGCCCCGGGCUGCUACUGUCUAUCAGGGUCAGCUGUUCCCGCAGGCAACGUCGGCCGGCUAUGGUCGCGGAGCUGGCGGGUUCUGAUCAUCUUCUUUAUUUCAAAUAUUUCCUAGUAGUCUUGGGUGGCAUUCUCUUCACUUCUUGUGUUUUUAUCAAAUUUUUUGGUUCUUGAUUCUGACGUUGAUCCUGAACUCUGUUGUUUUUCAUUUCUUGGUGUGGUGGAUGCUUGUUCUGGUUUGUUUUCCACCUGUUGUGAAAGGCCCUCGGGGAUCCACAAGUCCUACCCGAUACAAAAACCCCAUACCUUUGUUGUCGCGUUGCUCUCUCACUUGCGUUUUUGACUGCAGGAAAAAAAAAACAUAUCCCCUUCACCGCACUCCCCUCCCACCUCUUUCUCGUGUCGACACCUUUUUCUCCCCGAGUCUCGCUGAUGCAUGCACUAUCCCUUCUCGACAACCACAUCUUGCCGGUUUCUGCAAGUCCUGCCCACAAUGGCUCACUACAAUGCGGAUUCCAUGUCAUGGGCUCUGGUGGGAUGAUUUUUGGCACCAGAAAGAUGGACAAAUAAUUUAAAAAAAGAAAAAUGCACCAUGCACCAUGCACCAUGCACCAUCCCUGCCCCGGAUGACCACUUCCAAAUGCAGGUCACUACCUUGUUUCGCCUUCGUGAAACAUCAGCACCGGUCGUGACACACCACACCCGGGAUACGGACCGCCCAGGUACAUGAUACUGUGUCUGGAUGUUGUCAGGCCUCGUGUGAUGCAUCGUGAAUCAGACUCCCUUUUGGCUCUUUUCAGCGCGCCCCCCACAUACGUGUCUUCUGGGAGUGCAUAUACGUAUGUCUUUGGAGAAGAUCCCACAUACGUUUUUUUUGGUGUCCAAUUAUUGUUUCUAUCUCUCCCAAUUUGGGUUCGUACGGGUCGCCUUUUGCAUUUGAUUUGUCUCUGCUCUUGCUGCGCUGUCUGCCUAAGGGCAAACCCGACUGCAAAUCGGGCCAGAUGCUUACUACCACUUGAUGAGGCGAGGGGCUCGGGUCUCAUGUAUUGUCUCAAGUGACUGCUGCUUGUCCCUUCGAGAACAUAUGACUUGUCAUGCUCGAGCGGGUUUGAUGUCAUAUCUGGGACAAUUCCCAAUGGCUACUCCCUGCUACGCGGUUCAGAUGGCAAUUAUAUUUGCGGCAUUGUCGAUAAGUGCAAGGUGGCAUUUGUAAUAGAUGCUACCCCCUGCUGCUUCGUCCCCCCUGGAGCUACGGACGAAUGCGUGUGUCUGUGCCACCGCGGAUGCAAGGCGACUUGUCCUAAUCUCAAGCCCGAUGCGACAUCGCAAAUGUGGCGAUGGAAGCAAUUUGGAACAAAAGGUCACAAGGAGGAGUUACAGGAUUAAGACGGGACAGAAUUUUUCAUUUUCCGGCCAUCUACUUGUCUAGAAUUUGGAUUUGGAUUUUGUUUUACGAUCCACCUGAUUAUUCGAUACGUUUUGCUUUAUUUUGUCUUUCCUGGUUCAGAACGGGUGUCUGCGCCUGACAGAGGGAGUUUCUUUGAUAUCUGUUGUCUCUUGUUAGUUUGUCUUUGGUUUUGGAAGUUCGGACAUGGAACCGGACCAGGUUAUCUAUUACGUUGGUAUCAUAUAUGGAUGGUAUUGGACUUGGGACUGUAAUGGUCGGGGUUUGGUUUCUAUCAGAUUGUUCUCUUUUGUUUCUUAUUACACGAUUACAGAAUAUCUAUCGACAGGACUUUUAUGGACUCACCCCUUUCUAGAAAAUGGUGUUGUACAUGUUUACCCUCGUUUGAGGUACUGUUGAUCAUCGCGGGUUCUUCCCGCAUUGGCCUCCCGCCCGAACUUACACAUCUGCG